AUGGAAGGCCCCAUAGAAAGAGAAUCCGAGAGAAAAAGAAAAGCAUAUGUACGAGAAGCUAGGACGAGUCGCAAGCAAAAUGAGGUCUACCACGCGUAUAUUACAAACCAGCAAGUGACGAUUGAGUUUUCAGAGAACGAAGCGACUCACCUCCUUCACCCUCAUAACGAUGCACUGGUUAUCACUUUGAAGAUAGCAAAUGUUAAAGUACAUCGAAUCUUGGUGGAUGGGGGCAGCUCGGCAGAUAUCAUUUCCUGGACAGCCUAUAAAGCUAUGGAUCUAGGAGAAAAGGUGCUUAAGAGCAGUCCAGCGCCACUGGUAGGAUUUGGAGGGGAACGGGUCAUCCUCGAAGGGAGGAUAGAGUUGCCGGUAACGUUUGGAAGUGGGCCGAAGAGUGUCACUAAGAUGGUGGACUUUUUGGUCGUUAACUACACAUCCUCCUACAACGCAAUACUGGGAAGACCGACGAUGCAUAUGCUCAAAGCAAUACCAUCCACAUAUCACCAGUCCAURAAGUUCCCAACACYKGGUGGGGUAGGAGAGAUUAAAGGAGAACAACGAGUGUCGCGGGAAUGCUACWAUACCUCAAUGAGGGACAACGACAGGACUUCUACUAAGGGGGGCUGUUGA